CUUUCACACAGCUGCUCGGAACCAUGACAGAAGAUGACGGAUUCAGUUGUCGCGGAGGGGCAGGUUAAGUUUCGAGAUGGAAACAAGUGGAAAACUCGGUGGGUCGUCCUUCGGAAACCGUCUCCAGUCGCAGACUGUCUCUAUCUUCUGGUGUACAAAGAGAAGAAGAGGGGGAAGGAGAAAGGAAGCAGCCACAAGGAGAGGCUCAGUCUGACACUGGAGGGGAUCUGUGGUGUGGAACCAGGGACUGGUUAUGAUGGAGUGUCCUACACUCUCUCUAUCCUCUGCCUGGCACAUACCGUGGUCCUGGGCUUCAACAGUCGAGAUGCCUUGCUGGCAUGGGAUUCCCAGGUCUGCUUCAGCCUGGGAGAAGUCCACAGGUUAAGUGUCAAUGUGGAGCCAGGUACCAAACUUACAAGUGGCCCUGCCUCUCUCCACCUAUGCAACAACUUAUUGGUCCUCACCAGAGGCAUCCCUCCUGCUAUCAUUGGCCACUGGAAGUUGUCAGCACUACGUCGAUAUGGGGCUGUGCCCAGUGGCUUUGUGUUUGAGGGAGGAACUCGCUGUGGAAUCUGGGCUGGCAUUUUCUUCCUGUCCUGUUCAGAUGGAGAACAUAUAAGUUUCUUAUUUGACUGCAUUGUCAGAGGCAUAACCCCCAGCAAGGGCCUUCAUUGCCUGCGACAUGUCCUGCAAGCAGGUCCCAGUGCUGAUGGCCCAGAGUUGGCUGAGAAACAGAUCCUUCAGGAGACAUCAGAGCUGGAGAAAAGACUCAGCAUGUUGUCUAACUGCAGCCUAGCAAGCAGCACAGCUUCAACUUACAGCUGCAGCACAUCUGCUGCUGAUGACCAAAGUAGCAUAUCCAGCUCCUCCUCUAGCCAAUCAGAUGCAAGUUAUGGAAGCAGACUGCCAUUUUGGAUGGGGUUGUCAGCUAGACCACACCUCUCAGAGACAGCAUCAAACUCCUCCACGGCGAAGUCUUUGUCUGGUUCUGAUGACCAGCUUUAUGCUGCUGUAAUAGAAAGCUCCAGAGCUGAUCCAUCCUCGGCCCAUCUCCAUCCUCGUGGUCUCCAUGACAGUGGAAGACAGAGCUCAUUAGACAGUGGGAUUGGGAUAUCAACAGGCAGCCAGUCCUAUUAUUCAGGAAGCUCCUCUUUGCUUACAGGAAGUCUGGACACAGCUUACCCAGGGGAGGGAGAGGAGUUUGGUUUCUUGAAAAACCUACAAGCUUCUCCUCCUCCUCUUCUACCUCCACCUCCCCCGCCUGCCUUCUCUCCACCAGGUCAUUCUUCUCAACUUUCCUCAAAAAACAGUUCAACUACCUCCCUCUGCCCAUGCGCAUCCAGAUCUAGCUCAUGCACAUCCUGUAGGCACACUGUGGAAAAUCAAAUCCCCAGCCUGAUUGGUCUGUGGUAUGAUACUCCCAGGAAUCUAUUCCAAGCCCCUUCCCUGAGAAACACCUCCAAAGAGGAAAAACUUGAGCUGGGCAGGGACAGCAGGAGCAGUGUAGGUGGAGGGGGUAGACAGGGACAAAAGAUGACCAACAGUCCCAAGGGAUUCAAGGUUCAGCAUCAGGCAACAAUUCAGCACUUAUACUCCUGGGACAGUGAGAGGGCACCUUCUGUGGACAGUGAAGGGAAGCACACACCAAGACAUCAGCUGAUUCCCGGAGACCUGUUUUGUAGAGAUUUGCAGUGCAGUCAUAGUUUAGAAAACUACAUUACACCAGAGCAGUGGCGAUCAGGGAGGACCAAAUGCGUGACUCAGAUUGACAACUCACCAAAAGGCCAGUCACCUUCUGCAGUUACACAAGACCCUUCUCUUUACCAAAGGCAGGAACAUAUUGAGGAAGCUGUUGAUAAGUUAACAGUUCUGAAUGGGUUGCCACCCUUUCAACCACCUUCUUCCCUUCCUCCUAUGCCCCUAGCAUCCAGUAUGCAUAGUCCAAAGACAGCAUUUGGUGUACUUCAGUCUUCCUGUGAGGCUUCUCCAUCGGUGUCUCUGGACACUGAGCUUCAAAGCAACAGCACAGUUAAUAACAUUAACAUCCCUGUUAGCCCUCUGUUCACUGAAACUUACAAAGAGCCCCACUACACAGAGUGGGAUCUGCAGGGGCUUGGCUCAGCAUCAGACUUCAGUGCUGUCAGAGUUUCCUCCCAAGAAGUAUGCUCCCUUGAACAUUAUUGCCAUGGAAACAGAUUGAAGAGUAAGGAUGGAGCAGGGCAGGAAAGACAGACCGACUCAGCUAGAGUGAAGGUGGUGAACGCCACCAAACUCUGCAACCCCUGACUGGCACCUAAAACUAGUUUCCAGUGCUAACUCUAUCUCUCACUUAAAAAGCUUAACUUGGGGUACGAAAAUGCACCUGCUUUUGUGAACAGAUGAUCUCACCAACAUCCAUUCCAUUCAUACUGAGAACGAAAAAUUAAACGUCCUUUACUGCAUGUGCUUUGUGUUUAGUUUGUUUUCAUGUCUUACGGGCCUGUUAUCAAAUUGGUGCUCUCCUGCAUUUGUGAUGACUUUUAGAGUUGUUAAUUUGUUGUCUGAGUUGCCCAAAUAUCUGCUAAAUUUAUAUGAAAAGUUUAAAGUCUGUUUCUUUUAAAUAUUGUUCAAGUAUUUUGAAAAAUGUACUAAAUUGUGAACAGCUUUACAUAUAGAAGACAAAGACAUCAGCUUUGCUUAGUCUGAAACAGUAGUUUCCAUUCUCUUAAAACACAGCUCGAUUUACUUGCCUUGGGUGUGGAUCCAUUUUUGUCAUUCUCAUACCAAGAGGCCAAAAGUGAUAAAGGAGGGUAUGAUUCUUAAAUGGGAUUAAGUCUCAUUGAUUACACUUACACAAUAGAAUCAGCUGAAGUCCUGCUUGCUAUUAUUCCAAAUUACUGCACAAAGGUAUUUCAUUUAAAUCAGCAGCCUAGUAGAUUACACCCAAUGCACACUAAUCCAGACCCAUGUGGUCCAAACAGGAGACAACCAAUUUAUCAGCUAGCAUUAUUCAACACAGUCAUCUCCAUUUCAACUUUGUAAGAGGGCUACAGCUGAUGAAAGGUAAUGUCACAAUGUGUGCUCAUUUGUCACUUCUUUUUAGGUAGCAUCAUAUCAAAUUGUCCAGUGUUUAAUGCCAGUUUAUUUUUUGUUGUUGGACGAGCAAACACUGAAAGACAAGAGAGUACUUGGAAAUAUGAAGUUCCAUUAUUCAUGCCGUAUUUAUUGCAGUGAUAGUCAAGUAAAUUUUACAUUAGUGUUAGUUUUUGGCACUAGCAUAUGAAAAUAUUAAAAAGUACUUACUGUAUGAUGUUUGUACUGCCUUCAUGCUAAUUAUUAAAGGUUGUGACAUUUUCAUGUUUCUUGUUUUUUUUUCACUUAUUGCUUAUUUUAUUAUUGUUAUGCUGUACAUGAAUGUCAUAUAGAUAUUUCUAACAUGUAAUUCCUUAUAGACUCACCAGCCACUUUAUUAAAUAUACCUUUUCAGUGUUUGUGACGUGUUUAGGCAUGAAGUUCAAACAGGAGGGGUAAAAAAGGAGAUUUAAGUGGCCUUAAUGUGACCUGGUUGUUGGUGCCAGAUGAGCUGGUCUGAGUAUUUCAGAAACUGCUAAUCUAAGGGGAUUUUCACACACAACCAUCUCUACAGUUUAAAGACAAAAAAGGAAAAAUAUAAAAUAAGUAGCAGCCAUGUGGAUGAAAAUGCCUUGUUGAUGUCAGAGGCAAAUGGGCAAACUGGUUUGAGAUGAUGGACUCAAAUAACCACUCGCUACAACUAAGGUAUGUGUCAUGCACACUGAAUAAUGGCAAUGUGGUUCCAUAAGAAAAUGUGGUCAUUAUUCACUGCCUUGGUAACUGCGAACAACAGAAAGACAGUCUUGUUUGAGAACUGGCAUCUGAUGCUUCUUUGCAGACUGUCUACUGCAGGAAUGUCAACCUCAUUUUCACCAGCAAUGAAUUAUGAGGAGAAACAAAAACAUAGCAUUGAUGAUAAAUGAUUUUGAAAUUUAAAAAAGUAAAAAUGGUACAUUUAAAGGCUCAAAAUCUGAGA